AUGUCGCUUUCAAAGAUUACGGCAAGCUCCCCUUUGCACCUGCGACCUUUAGCUGAUUGGAGAACAUGGUGGACACCGGAUAUCCCAGAAACCAUUGCCAAGGCGAUGAAGGACCACAUCAAUGUCCGGAGACUCCCAGGAAAUGGAUGUAUUCUUAAUACUAGCCAUUUCAAUGGUGAUAUCAUCAAGGAUCCCCAUAUCAGCAGUGUUGCAGAAGCAUUGCUAGUGGCCUACCCAAAGAAUAGGCAACCAUCUGGCUACUUGUUGGGGGAUGUGGUCCUGAAGCUGGAUGAUUUGUGGAACGGAAGUCUUUUGGGUGGGGCCAAGGAAAGUCCCAUCAUGGAGAGAAGUAGGAGGGACAAUGCCCUUUCGGAGGGUGGACGGUUGAAAAAACUGUUGAGCUAUGUUCGCACCUCAGCCCUGAAGUCUGAGAAUGGAAAAACAGCAGAGGUAACAUACCUCAAGAGUUUGGCAAACCAAAGGCCAGUUAGGACCAAACGUUCAACAUCGGUGGCUUCAACUGAUACCAGCGUGAGUUCCAUGAGUAACGCAACAACUUUGGUUUUGGGGCAAGAGAUUCCAGACAAGUCUCCUGGAGAAACGUCCAACUCCUCGAUCUCCGUCUUUGAUGAAACUAUGGCUCUCCUGGGGCUUGACCCCAACCAAGCUUGCAGCUACCAAAGCUUCACUAAUUUGGCGGAGAAAGAGUUGGGGGCUGAUUGCAAGUGGAUGGAGUAUGUCAACUCUCUUGGGUCCAACCAGACGCCUUCCACAGAAGCUGUGAGCCCUAUGACUGUGGAUUCUAUGACCGUGGAUUCUUCGCAGACCGUAGCCAAGGAUUUGACGAGGGAGUUUGACUCUGAGCCCUUGCCCGCCCCAAGCCGUCCAGAUGUCAGUAUGAUGCCAGUGGAAGCUGUGGCAGCCUUGGACGCUGACAGCACUGCAGCGAACCCGCGGCAACAGCUUCUUUUGGUGGAUUCGAAGAAGAGGCCAAAGCCUGCCGAUGGAGGUCCCAGUGAUGCUCACAACCAUGAAGAGCCAGAUACUAAGCGUGAGAAGACCUGCCCCGAUGCUGUGGGUGAUUCUGCUGCUGACCCAUCCAUUGCAGGUCGCAAGAAGCCUGACCUUGGAGCCGUUGAUGGCGCUUUGCCCAUCCCAGAAGGUAUGCCAGAGCAUGCUCUUCCUCAAGGCUAUCGCAAAGGCAGGCUUUCCUACACUAUUUGCAGCUCCAGUACUAAAGCUCGGGUGGAGGUUUUGCUCAAGCAAAAGGCGUUUCGCAUUGUCAAGAUUGGUGAGAAAGAUGGUAAGGCUUUGCAUGACAAGCCUGCAGUCCUUCAGACACCUUGGAUGGACAACAUCGCCAAGGCAUGGGAAACUGUUCAGGCACAGGUGGGAUGGCUCUGAGACUUAGCCUUAGCUAUCAUGGUUGAUUAAUUUAACAGUCGCUGCCUGCUUAGUUCACAGCGACGCCAUGCUUCAGAAAAGUGUGGAAAUUCAUUUAUGGGAUUGAAACUUAGCUGACCUUGCCCAAUCGGGGCGGGGCGUCAGUUGGCCGUGUUGAGACUUAAGAUUAGAUGAGCACAGCUG